GCCGUUAGACGCGUCGGAGGUAGCGUGUGUUGCCGGCCGCUCUCUCCCCCCUCCCCCCUCUGAACAUACGCGCGAUCUCCACGCGAGUGACCAUCAGGAUCUAUUACUUGUGUGAUAUCUAAUCAUUGUUACUGUGAAUAGUGCUUAAGUUGGUAUAAGUGUUGUGAAACUGCUGGCGUGGGGCUAGCAGCCGGUUCUGUUGGAAUCCGAGCGGCCCAUUCGCCUGUGCUUUCUAAAUGAUCCCGCGAUCCCCAGCUCUGCCGUGUUAACAUGUUACGAAAGGAGCAUUAAAAAUGAAUGCCAGAUAGACAUAAUAUAUGCUAAAGAUUUUGACGGCACUCCACACAACUUCAGUGUCGUCUUUACUUCAUGAGAUAUCCGAAUGAAUUAUGGCGAGCGCGCGCGCGCUGCUGGUGUUGGCGGCCCUGUGCAGCGCGAGCGGCGCCGGGCCCGGCCCGCCCUCGUCACAUACGAUACAGUUUCAAUAUCCACUGUACAAUGUGAGCAUACCAGAGAACAGUCCACCGCGCACGUAUGCAGAACAACCGCCCGCCUCCGAACCUCUCGGCCUCCAUCUACCUGCACUAAAUAUAAAAGUGCGAUACCGCAUCCGCCACGGUGACCGUGACAAAUUCUUUAAGGCUGAGGAAAGGGUGGUUGGAGACUUUUGUUUUCUAUCGAUAAGAACCAGAGUGGGCCAUUCAGAUGUUCUUAACAGGGAGCGAAGAGACUCAUAUCGGUUAGAAAUUCGUGCCACCGCAACCCUUCCCGACGGUCAGCAGUUAGAAACAGAUACGGUCGUUGCUGUUCAAGUUACAGACGAAAAUGAUCUCAGUCCUCUAUUUUACCCAACUGAUUAUGAGGUCCAGGUUUCUGAAGAUACUCCACUUCAUUCAAGUAUAAUAACUGUUUCUGCUGAAGAUGCUGACCUUGGUAUAAACGGUGAAAUUUAUUACAGUCUUGCUGAACCAACCGAACGCUUUGCUGUUCAUCCAACAACGGGAAUUGUGACCGUCACAAGGACUUUAUCAUAUGCAGAAAAUAAACGUCACGAAGUCACUGUUUUAGCCCACGAUCGUGCAUCGUUGUUAUCUCUUGGGAAAAAUGCACCAUCUGCAAAAGCUUCACUGAUAGUACGAGUCCAACAGGCAAAUUUAUAUGCCCCCGAAUUACAAGUUCGAAAACUGCCUGAGCUCUUAGAGAAUUCAACUGCUGAAAUAUAUGCAAUUGUACUAGUAACCGAUCGCGACGUUGAUGAGCAUGGCCAAAUUGCUGCUCUGGAUAUUGUGGACGGCGAUCCAGAUGGGCAUUUUCGGAUACGACCUUCAGUUCAAGCAAAUGAGUAUGACAUAAUAGCACACGCACUAUUAGAUCGUGAGUCCGCCCCACAAGGAUAUAACCUUACACUGCGGGCCACAGAUGCUGGUCAACCACCAAGAUCUUCUUACUUAACUUUACCGAUCACUUUAACUGAUAUUAACGAUAAUGCUCCUGUAUUCAGCAGAGAAGUAUACGAAGCUAGUAUAUUAGAAACUGCGCCGCCAAACACGCCUGUUAUAAGAUUAAAAGUCAGUGAUAGAGAUGAGGGCCAAAAUGCUCGCGUUUAUAUUGAAAUAGUUGGGGGUAAUGAAGGUGGCGAAUUUUUUGUAAACCCAGAAAGUGGCGUCCUAUAUACAGCGGUCCCUCUAGAUGCUGAACAUAAGUUUCUUUAUACUCUUACAGUUUCUGCUAUCGAUCAAGGAAAUGCUGGAACUCGAAAACAAUCUUCCGCUAAAGUAAAAAUAUCAGUUUUAGAUGCAAAUGACAAUGACCCUAUUUUUGAAAAAGAAGAAAUGGAAGUUACUGUCGUAGAAAAUGGAGUUAGUGGGGCAAUAGUAGCCCGAGUUGUAGCUCGAGAUGCCGAUUCAGGGGAAAAUGCGUAUAUUUCGUAUAGUAUAGCAAAUUUACAACCAGUCCCCUUUGAUGUAGACCAUUUCUCUGGUGCUGUGCGAACUACAAGAUUAUUGGAUUAUGAAAGUAUGCGAAGAGAAUAUGUUUUACAGAUUCGUGCAAGUGAUUGGGGUUUACCGUAUCGCCGACAAGCUGAAAUGCGACUCACAAUUCGCGUAAAGGACGUCAAUGACAAUAGACCCCAAUUUGAACGGGUUGAUUGUGUUGGAUACUUACCGCGUCGGCUAGCCAUUGGCCAUGAAAUAGUCACCUUAUCCGCAAUUGAUUUUGAUUCAGGCGAUGUAGUCUCGUAUCGUAUUAUUGGUGGUAACGAAGAUAAUUGCUUUUCACUAGAUACAACUACAGGAAUUUUAAGUCUUUCUUGUGACCUUAGCGAUAUUCGAACCGAAACACGUGUACUUAAUGUUACUGCCACUGAUGGUACUCAUUUUGCCGAUGCAGCUACACUUACAUUACAUCUAGUAGGCGGCAACACUGUGGGUAGCAGCAGCGUCGAUUCGAAUAAUCUUGAAUGUCGAGAUACAGGAGUAGCAAGACGGCUAACUGAAUUAUUAGCGGCUGCAGAGCGCAGUAAUGCUCCUCUUGACUUCACAGAGGACUUUCCUUUGGCGUCAUCACGUUUUGGUGAAAAUCUUCAUUUUCCAGAAUUUGUCGAUUUUCCCGUGGAAAUCAAAGUUAAUGAAUCCGUAGCGCUUGGUACUUCAUUGGUGAGAUUACGUGCUAGGGACCGAGAUCUGGGAUAUAAUGGACUACUCGUAUUUGCAAUAUCUGGUGGAGAUGCAGAUUCUGCUUUUCGUAUUGACCCCGACACUGGAGAACUUAAAGUUAUAGGAUAUUUAGAUAGAGAACGAGAAAUCGAAUAUUAUUUAAAUAUAACCGUGUAUGAUUUGGGGCAACCGCAGCGCUCAUCGUCACGUUUAUUACCAGUAACAGUAUUGGAUGUUAAUGACAAUGCACCCCGUUUUGAGAAGACUUUAGCAAGCUUCAGAGUUACUGAAAAUGCAUUAAAUGGAACAGCUAUAUUUCGGGCAAAUGCAACUGAUCGCGAUGGAGGUGACUUUGGUCGCGUUACAUACAGUCUCAGUAGCGGAUGCGACGGGGAGUUUUGUGUCGAUAAACAAACUGGUGUAGUGUUAGUGUGUGCACCGUUAGACCGUGAACGGCAUGCGCUGUACGAGCUAACAAUUCGUGCUACUGAUGGUGGAGGACUAAGUGCUGAAGCUUUGGUGCGCGUUGCAGUUGAUGAUGUUAACGAUAAUGCUCCAAAAUUUGCACUUCCUGCAUAUAGUGCUCGUGUAAGGGAAGACGUUCCAGUCGGAUCCCUAGUUGCUGUACUGGAAGCGUUCGACCCUGACUUGGACGCAGGAGGCCUGGUCACUUACACGUUACCCGAUCAAGACGAUAUAGUAUUUACAGUUGACAGUACUUCAGGAACUCUGCGUACUGCCAAGCGACUUGAUUUUGAAGAAAGACAGGUAUACGGAGUUACAGUGCGCGCAACGGACAACGGAAGACCUGCUCUAUGGGCAGAAGCGACUCUCAUAGUAGAAGUAGUUGAUGUGGAUGAGAAUGCCCACACGCCUGUAUUUAGCGAUCGUCAAGCGCUUCGUGCGAGCGUACCUGAGGACGCCGCGGUUGGCACGCGAGUUCUGAAUGCCGCAGCAACUGACGACGACCCGCCCGGCCGAGACUCACGCCUCGCUUAUUACAUAGUUGCUGGAUCUGGGAUGGCGCACUUCUCUAUUGACGAUACUGGUGCUAUACGAACUCAAACCCCGCUGGAUCGGGAGACGGUCCCUCAUUAUUGGCUCACAGUAUGCGCUGAAGACCAUGGCCUGGUGCCUCGAUACGCUUGCAUUCAGGUGUACAUAGAAGUAGAAGACGUGAACGACAUGGCGCCGUGGCCUGAGCAUGCGGAGUACUCAGUGACAAUCCCGGAGCAUUGCGCGGCGGGCACGUUCGUGGUGCGCGUCACUGCGGUGGACGCCGACGCCGCGCCUGAGCCGCCGCCACUGCGCUACUCCAUCGUUGCCGGCAACCCUGACGGCCUGUUCUCCAUCGAUGAAAAUACCGGUGUAAUAGUGACGACAGGGCGCACCCUAGACCGCGAGGCGGCGGCGACGCACGCGCUGGAGGUGUCGGCGUGGGACGGCGCGCUGAGCGGGUCGGCGCGCGUGCGCGUGGCGCUCGCCGACCUCAACGACCACGCGCCCGCCUUCACGCAGCGCUUCUACGACGUGCGCGUGCCGCCGCGCGCCUCCAACGUACAAGACGACGAAGCCUCAGCGGGCGAAGGAGAAGAGAGCAGUUCUGAAGGAGAAGGCGAGGGCGAGGACGACGAAGAAGGCUCCGGUACGCGAUUGCAGUGGGAAGAGUGGGACGGAGAUGAGAAGACUAUCGACCACAUUUACGUAACAACUGUGACUGCGCUAGACAGUGACGCCGCCGAGAACGGCUCGGUGCGGUACAGCUGGCGCGCGCGGGGGGCGGCGCGCGGCGCGCUGCGCGUGCACGCGCGCUCCGGCCGCGUCUACUGCGCGCCGGACCUGCCGCUCGCGCCGCAUCUCGCAUUCGACCUUACCGUUAUUUCAAACGUGGAAAGCGCCGCAAUCCACGAGCUGACGGUGUGGGCGCGAGACCAGGCGCCGCGCGCGUCUGUGGCGUUCGCGCGCGUCACGGUGCGCGUGCACGACGCGGACGAGCACGCGCCCGAGUGGGGCCGCCGCCUGUGGGAGGUGCGCGUGCCCCGCACGGCCGCGCCCGGCACGCUGCUGGCGCCGCUGCGGGCCGCCGACCGGGACGCGCCCGACGCCGACGCGGGCGACUCGGCGCGGGUGGUGUACUCGCUGGCGGGCGGCGACGCGGGCGGGCAGUUCCGCGUGGAGGCGGCGCUGGGCGACGUGCGGCUGGCGCGCGCGCUGCCCGCGGCCGGGCCCGCCGACUACACGCUGCACGUGCGCGCCGCCAACCCGCCGCCCUCCGACAAGGCCUCCACCAUCCCGCUCCACAUUGUCGUUGUCGACCCCGAUGAUGCUCCACCUAGAUUCGUGACGGACGAGAUCGUGUGCGAGGUGUACGAGAACGAGCCGCGCGGCACGGCCGUGGCGGCGCUGGAGGCGCGCAGCCCGGCCGGCGCGCGCUACGCGCUGCGCGGCGGCGCGGCCCGCUUCCGCCUCAACCCCGCCGCCGGCCUGCUCACGCUGCGCGCGCCGCUCGACUUCGAGGAGCGGGACGCCUACAACCUCACCGUCACCGCUUACGGCAUGGGUGGAGGCAGCGCCGAAGCGCGAGUCUUCGUUCACGUGUUGGACCGCAACGAAUAUCCGCCCGUGUUUGUACAACGAAACUUCCGCGGGAUAAUUUCGGAGGCGGCGGAGGCGGGCGCCGUGGUGUGGGACGCGGGCGCGGCGGCGGGCGCGCCGCUGGUGCUGCGCACGCGCGACGCCGACUCGCCCGCCAACCGGCAGCGCGCCUUCGAGCUGCGCGCCGCGCCCGCCGCGCCCGCCGCGCCCUUCCGCGUCGACGCGGUCACCGGCGCGCUGCACCUCGCCGGCCCGCUCGACUUCGAGACGCAGCGGACGCACCGCUUCACCGUCAAGGUUUUGGACAUGGGUAAGCCGAGACUACCAUCCGACAGUAUCGCGCAUGUCACCAUCGACGUUACGAAUGUGAAUGACUGUCCGCCGAACUUCUCCCAAGCUUCGUACGAUGCGACGGUGCUGCUGCCCACGGCGCGCGGCGUGUCCGUGCUCUCGCUGUCGGCCAGCGACCCGGACGAACCGGACGCUCCAGAGAAACUGAGAUUCGACAUAAUCGAUGGCAACCCACAGGGCGCUUUCGCUUUGUCGUCCGACGGCAAAUUGAGCGUCGCCGACCCCAGCGUCAUUAGCAGCGAACAUAAGUUAAGGGUCCGCGUUUCCGAUGGAGAGUUGUCGAGCACGGCGCGCGUCAACAUCAAAGUUCGAGAACCGGAUAAUUCCGGGCUCGCCUUCCAAAAGACUGAUUACUACGCGUCGCUUGUGGAAAAUUCUACAAAACCAGUCACGAUCAUAGUGCUCAACGUUCUCGGAGCGGCGCUCAAUGAACAUCUCGAAUUUAGCAUUCUGAACCCGGUCGAAGGAUUUGAGAUCGGCAAGACGUCAGGCGCGGUGCGCAGCACGGGCGUGCCGCUGGACCGCGAGGCGCGCGACUCGUACGAGCUGCUGGUGCGCGCGCGCGGCGCGGGGGCGGCGGGGGGCGCGGGGGCGGCGGGCGGCCGCGUGGCGCACGCGCGCGUCACCGUGGCGCUCACCGACGUGAACGACAACUGCCCCGUGUUCGUGCGGCGCCCCUACGUGGCGGCCGUGCUGGCCGGCGCCGAGCCGGGCACGCCUGUCUUCACCGUCGAGGCCGUCGAUGCCGAUGCCAACGAUAACGGCGAAGUGCGUUAUGAAAUGAAGCGAGGACACGGCGAGCUAUUCCGCGUCGACCGGCGCUCCGGCCUCAUCUCGCUGAAGCAGACUCUGGACGCGCACAACCAGCUGUACUCGCUCGUCAUAGCCGCUUUCGACGGAGGCGUGCCGGCGUGCGGCGCGGAGGCGGAGGUGGCGGUGCGCGUGUGGGCGGGCGGCGCGGCGCCCCGCUGGGAGCGCGCGCGCGAGGCGCGGGCGGCGCGCGAGGACGCCGCGCCCGGCGCGCCGCUGGGCCCGCCGCUGCAGGCGCGCUCGCCGCUCGCCCGCCAGCUCAUCUACACGCUGCGCGACGCGCCCGACCUCUUCGAGAUACACUUCGACACCGCCCGCGACGGGGGGACUGGCCCGUGCACGCUGGUGGCGACGGGCGCGCUGGACUACGAGACGGCGCGCUCGCACGCGCUCACCGUGCGCGCCACGGACGGCGUGACGGGCGCCUACGCGGACCUGGCGCUCACGCUCGAGGUGCUGGACGUCAACGACUGCGCGCCCGAGUUCGCGCAGGACGAGUACCGCGCGCACGUCUCCGAGGCCGCGGCCGUGGGUGACCUCGUCCUGCAGGUCGUUGCCACCGACCUGGACACUGGCGACAACGGUGACAUAACAUACUCGCUGUCUGCGUGGGGCGGGCAGGCGGGCGGCGCGGAGGACGCGGCGCCCUUCGCCGUGGACAGCGGGUCGGGCGCCGUGCGCGUGGCCGCGCCGCUGGACCGCGAGCGCCGCGCCGCGCACCACCUGCUGCUCACCGCCACCGACCGCGGCCAGCCGCCGCUCUACACCACCGCGCACUUGUUCAUUACGGUGGACGACGUGAACGACAACGCGCCGCGCAUGGAGCGCAGCGUGGUGACGGCGCUGGUGUCGGAGGAGGCGGCGCGCGGCACGGCCGUGGCGCGCGCGGCCGCGUGGGACCCGGACGAAGCGGACGCGCCGCGCCUGCGCUACGCGCUGCAGGGCGCGCCCGAGCGCCGCGCGCUGGCCGUGCACCCGCUCACGGGCGUGCUCACGCUCACCGACCCGCGCGCCUGGAACGCCAGCGGCGCGCGCUCGCUCGACUCGCUCAACGUGUCCGUGUCGGAUGGCGCGCGCGCCGCCUUCUCCCGGGUCAAGCUGUCGCUGGCGCCGGCCAACCGCGCGCCGCCGCACUUUCCUCAUCUCGUGCACGAGGCUCGGGCUCUCGAAAAUCAACCGCCGCCUUUGCUGCUGACUACAGUGAAAGCAUAUGACGAUGAUGCCGGUGAAUAUGGUGCCAUCACUUAUUCAAUUCCAUCGGCGAAGCUACGAGAGACGUUCUCGAUAGACGCCAACAGCGGCGCUCUCAGCACUCGUGUGCCGCUGGAUAGAGAGACGCGUGCUGAGUGGGAGGUGCCAGUGAUGGCGAGCGACGGCGGCGGGCUGGUGCGGCACACGGCGGUGCGCGUGCGCGUGGGCGACGCCAACGACAACGCGCCCGCGUUCCCGCUGCGCGAGUACCGCGCCGCCGCGCGCGCCGACCGCGCGCCGCUCGCGCCCUUCCUCUCGCUGUCGGCCGGCGACGCCGACGCGGGCGAGAACGCGCGCCUCGUCUACUCGCUCUACGAGGGCGAGCUGCGCUCCGACGCCGCCGGCCUCUUCGCGGUCGACCCGCUCACUGGGGCGCUGUCCUUCGCUCGCAAUGCUUCCGCCUACGCGGGGCGCACGCUGCAGGUGUGGGUGCGCGCGCGCGACGGCGGCGGGCUGUCGGGCGAGGCGGCCGUGCGCGUGGCCGUGCUGCGCGCGGGGCAGAGCGCGCCGCGCGUGGCGCCGCCGCCGCCCGACCUGUUCCUGCCCGAGGACGCGGCGCCGGGCACGCUCAUCGCCGAGCUGCGCGCGCCGGCCGGCCCGCCGCCGCGCCUGCGCCUGGCGCCGCCCGCCGCGCGCGCCGACCUGUUCGCGCUCGACGCGGCCGGCCGCCUCGUGCUCGCCGCGCCGCUCGACCGCGAGACGGCGCAGGAACACGUCAUAGGCAUAAUAGCGGAAGACGAGGGCAGUCCAGCGGUGGGCGUGAUGGUGACGACGCGCUUGCACGUGCUGGACGUGAACGAAUUCGCGCCUGAAUUCCACUCGCAGCCCUACGUGCUGCACCUCGCCGAGAACACGCCUCCGCACUCUUCCAUACUGCAACUGAUGGCGGAUGACCCGGAUUCCGGGUCGAACGGCGAGGUGCGCUUCUCGCUGGCGGAGGGCGAGGAGGCGGCGCCGUUCGCGGUGGAGGCGCACAGCGGCUGGGUGCGCACCACGGCGGCGCUGGACCGCGAGGCGCGCGCCGAGUACCGGCUGGCGCUGCUGGCCGCCGACCAGGCCGCCGCGCCGCGCGCCGCCCGCGGCUCGCUCGUCGUGCGCCUCGUCGACUACAACGACUGCCCGCCGCGCUUCACGCAGGAGACCUACGCCGCCGAGGUCCGCGAGGACGCGGCGGCGGGCACGGUGGUGACGCGCGUGCGCGUGCGCGACGCGGACGCGGGCGGCGCCGCGCUGGCCUACUUCGUGGCGGGCGGCGACGCGCGCGCGCGCUUCCAGCUGCGGCCCUCGGGCGAGCUGUUCGUGGCGCGGCCCCUCGACCGCGAGGCCGAGCCCGCUUACUCGCUCACCGUGGCCGCCACGGACGGCAAGUUCACCGCCUUCGCAGCCGUGCACGUCGUCGUCCUCGACGUUAACGACAACCCGCCGUACUGCGUGCGGCACCGGCUGCGCGCGCGCCUGCGCGAGGACGCGGCGCGCGGCGCGCGGGUGGCCGCGCUGCUCACGCGCGACGCCGACGAGCCGCACAACGCGCGCCUGCGAUACUUCCUCACCGGCGACUACGCUGACCACUUCGCGAUCAAUAAAGAAACCGGGGUGAUAACAGUCGCAAGUGAACUGGAUCGCGAAAGUGUUCAACGAUAUCGUCUGGUGGCGCACGCGCAAGACCGCGAGCGAACCGACUGGGCUUGCAGCUCCGACCUCGAGAUCGAGCUGGACGAUGUAAAUGACAACGCACCGCGCUUUUCCGCUUCCCUAUACAGCGUCACUUUACCCGAAGAUGCAGAAAUCGGCACGCUCGUUGCGAAGGUUCACGCGUCCGAUGCCGACCUCGGAGAAAACCGUCUCGUUAGAUAUUCUUUCGUGGAAGAAAACGAGUGGUUCGAGCUAGCGGCAGAGAGCGGCAUCAUCACGCUGCGCGCGCCGCUGGACCGCGAGACGCAGGCCGAGCUGCGCGUGAGCGUGCGCGCGCGCGACGCGGGCCGCCCGCCGCGCUCCGCCACGGCCGCCGUGCGCCUCACCGUCGCCGACGUCAACGACAACCCGCCCGAGUUCGAGCUGCGCAAGUACGCGGCCGCCGUGCCCGAGCUCGACGCGCCCGGCACCGAGGUGCUGCGCGUGCGCGCCACCUCGCGCGACGCCGGCGUCAACGCGGACGUCUUCUACUCUCUGGUGGGAGGGGACGACCGCGACGACUUCGCGGUCGAUCGGACUUCCGGCGUGCUGUCCAUCGCGCGCCCGCUGGACUACGAACGCCGAAAAGAAUACUAUCUGACGGUCCAGGCGGUGGACGGCGGCACGCCCCCCCUGAGCGAUCACGCCACCGUGAACAUCACCGUGAGUGACAGCAACGACAAUGCGCCCGUUUUCUCCCAGUUAUCGUACGGUGCACGGGUGAAAGAAGACGCCUCGCCCGGGACGCGGGUGUUACAAGUGAUCGCCAAUGACGCCGACGCCGGAGACAAUGGCCGCAUCGCGUAUUCGAUCACCCGCGGCGAUAAAGAGGGCCAUUUCACUAUUGACGUGGACACUGGCUACGUAUCCGUGCUGACUCCACUCGACCGAGAGACUACGCCUGCCUAUAUUUUAGAAGUACGCGCAAGAGAUCGCGGUGUUCCCGCUUUAGAGUCGACUUCCCUGAUCAAUGUCGAGGUCAUAGAUGCGAAUGAUAAUCCACCUUUGUUCACUCAAAGUAAUUACACUGCAGUGGUUCAAGAAGAUAAACCUUUGGGUCAUCCGAUACUUAAAUUUAUAGUCAAUGAUGCAGAUGCGCCUCCAAACGGUUCACCUUAUACUUUUGAUUUUCAAUCCGGUAAUGAAAUAGGUGCCUUUAGAUUAGAACAAGAUGGCUAUUUAAGAUCCGCUACCCGAUUUAAUCAUCGUAUUAAAGAUCACUAUGUACUCCAGGUGCGGGUGUUUGAUAAUGGAACUCCCCCUCUCUAUUCAGAUGCGUGGGUGUACAUAAAGAUAAUCGAAGAAUCUCAAUAUCCACCUGUGGUCACACCUUUAGAAAUCAUUGUUAAUUCGUAUCUAGAUGAAUUUCCUGGAGGCAUUAUCGGAAGAGUAUUUGCAUCGGAUCGUGACGCAUAUGAUACCCUGAAAUAUUCAUUAACUCCCAUGGACGGAGCGACCUACCCAAUCAUAGAUCUUUUUGAAAUCGAUCACAAUGACGGGACAUUAAGGGCGGCUCCCCGUUUAGAUAUAGGUGAUUACAGGCUUAACGUCACAGUGGAUGACGGAAAAUUUAAAGGCUUCGCUAUUGUUAAGAUUUCAAUCCUUUUAAUUUCUGAUGAGAUGCUUGCACAAGCUGUCAUAGUACGAUUUCGGGAAGUGACUGAUCGUGACUUCAUUCUAAGCCAUCGUAAAGGUUUUAACAAGGCUGUUAGAGAAGCGACUGAAUGUCAACCUGGAGAUGUAUUCAUUGUGAGCGUACAACCUUCUGACGAAGGAAUUAAGACUCAUUCACCGCGAGAGAAAAGACAAAUUGCCCAAGAUUUAGACGUCGCUUUUGCCGUGCGUUCACCAGGCAUCGACGGUUUUUUACCUGCUGAUACCUUGCGCCGCCGUCUUCAUGCGCAUCUUGAAAGACUAGAAGAGCGAACACGACUAGUGGUAGAAGAGCUGGUCCGCGCUACUUGUGGCGGUUGCGUGCACGGUGCGUGCACCGAACGCGUUGAGCUGCAAGCGGCCGUCCAGCGCGUUGUCGCUACAGACGUCAUAUCUCUCGUCGCACCGGCGCAUCGACUACGCGGCGAGUGCUCUUGUACCAGAGGCUUCACCGGAGAACGUUGCGAGAAUCGGCGCGGCGCGGCGCUGCGCCUCACGGUGGACCGCCGCUCGGCGCACGCGCAGGCGCCGCCGCCCGCCGCCGUGCUCGACGUGCGCGCCGACCGCCUGCUGCUGGGCGCCUCGCUGCAGCGCCACGCCCACGCUCUAGCCCCUGAACAGAUUACCUAUGGAUUUUACGGGUGCAUAACCGACCUCAAACUGAGCGGCGCGGCACUACCCGUCGAAGAAGGCGGCACCUCUUCCGACGGACGAGCACAACUGCUGAGACGAGUGCGAGCGCGCGUGGGCUCGUCCUGCGCGCCGCUGCCGCCCCCCGGUCCCUGCGCCGCCCAGCCUUGCUUCAACGGCGGCACGUGUCGAGAAGCCGACGACUUCCUGGAAGACGGGGUCAACCACGCCGGGUACACGUGCGCGUGUCACGUCCGCUUCGUCGGGCGCAAUUGCGAGGUGGACACGGACCCGUGCGCCUCGCAGCCGUGUCUGCACGGCGGCGUGUGCACGGCGGCGGGCGACUCGUUCCGCUGCGCGUGCGGCGCGGGGCUGGCGGGCGCGCGCUGCGAGCGCGGCCGCUGGUGCGCCGCGGGCGUGUGCGCGCACGGCGGCGCCUGCGAGGAGGGCGAGUGGGGCCCGUCGUGCCGCUGCCGGGGCUACUACGGGCCGCGCUGUCAGUACGACGUGGACGAGUGCGCCGGCGAGCCCUGCCUCAACGGAGCCACGUGCCUCAACGAACCGGGUUCCUUUCGCUGUCUCUGUCCACCGGAUAAAACUGGUAUGAACUGCGGCAACCCGCUGUACUCGGACGCGGUGAUGGCGGGCGAGGCGGGCGAGGCGGGCGAGGCGGGGGCGCGCGCGCUGCGGGACGUGUGGCGCUGGGCCGUGCGCGCGCGCUGGCCGCUGGGCGCGGCGGCGGGCGCGCUGCUGCUGCUGCUGCUGCUGGCGCUGCUGCCGGCCGCGCUGCGCCGCGCCCGCCCGCGCGCGCCGUCCGCGCCGCUCAACAGCGCGCUGGACAAGCUGGCGCCGCGCGCCUGCAAGCUGUCCAACCUGGAGGCCGUGCGGCGCGAGCGGCCCGCGUCCUGCGCCGACCCGCCGCCGCUCAACAACAUCGACACGCUGCGCUCCUACGGCUCGGCGGGAGACGAGCUCGAGGGGAUCCCGCCCGACUACCUGCGCAACCUCAACAUCGACCACGACCGGAAGCCGUGGUCGGAACAGAUGCAUCUUCAAACAUUCGUAGACAACAAAAUUUACAAUGAUUUGAAGAGUUGCAAACCACGCGUGCGCGCGCCUUCACCGGCGACGGUGCGGCGCGUGGUGGGCGCCGUGGGCGCGGGCGCCCCGGGAGGGGUGGUGGGCGCGGUGGGCGCGGGGGGCGCGGGCGGCGACCUGGUGGGCGGCUACCACUGGGACUGCUCCGACUGGUGCGGCGGCGGCGGCGCGCUGCCCGGCAUCAGCGAGGUGGCGGGCUCCGAGCGGCCCGACUCCUCGUCUGCGCCCUCGCCGCCCUCGCCGCGCUCGCCCCGCUCGCCCCGCUCGCCGCGCCGCACUCGUGCUCUGCCUCUCGAUACUGAUUCCGCUCCCGACGAUCUCGAAACGCAGAGGUUUACAGAUGCCUCUUCUUAUUUGCUGCACCCGGACGAGUACUUACCGGUGACGGACGAGGACGCCCUGCGUGCCCGCUCGCUCCGCGACACGGACGCUCACAGCCUCAUAACUAUGCUAGAAGAACGACACUCAUUGCUCGGAGGUGGAGGCUCGUGCAGCGACCUGUCGACCAACCUGUGCGAGAUCGAGGAGUCGGAGGGCGAGGAGGGGAGCGCGGGGGGCGCGGGGGGCGCGGGAGGAGCGGGGGGAGCGGGCGGCGCAGGUGAGCGCGCGCGCCACACCGACGUGUGACGGCGGCGCGCGGCCCGCGAGCCCGCGCCGCGCUCGCGCGCCCUCUAACGCCUCCGCCUGCACCGACUGAAACAUUGCCAUGGUUGCGAAAAUGCUAGAUUCCAAUUCCAUUUUCGAAUGAUGACAUAAAAUAACACUGAAUUCCUCAACGUUUAACAUUUGUGUUAUCAUAAUAUUAUGUUUAUAAGUUUUUAGAUUCUUUUAUAGUCCAAUUGUAAAAUCGUCAAAUUAAAUGUAUAUACAUUCCAGUGAUCUAAAACCGUGGCAACUGAAGUAGUGAACGAUGUUGACGUUUUAAGUUUGUAUAAUUUAAACGUACGGCUUACAUUUGCGCGCGAUGUGAUUGCGAAUAUGGAUGAUUUAACUUUGUGCCGUAUGUGUGUCGAUUUAAAUCCGUCUCGGUCGAGUGACCGCGCCCUACGAUACAUUGCCUUUUGUGUAUUAUAUUAAAAUAAGUUGUACAUUUGAUUGGGGCGGUUCACUCCUGCGACGAGACGGAAGCCCUGACGAGUGUAUGUGUGUAAUGAACGAGACGACUUGUACAUAAAAUUAUCUCUGUGUUGUUAAGAUGAAUGAUGUAUGUAUAUAAUGUAGAUAAUGCAUGGGAAAAGCGUUCUCUGCGCCGAGGAAGCGGGCGGCGAGGGCGCGGCGCGGCGACGCGGGGCGCGGGGCGCAGGGCGCGGGGCGCGGGUGCGAGUGGCGCCCUGCUCCGCCGCGUCUGAAAACUAAAUCGAAAUGGUGCUCUGACUAUAGUUUUCAUAUCAUAACUUUAAAUGCAUUUACAGAACUCUAUCCUUGUAGGCUAGCGUAGUUAAGGAUCUAUUUUUAUAUGUGUACAGUGGAGCGUGCGGCGGCGAGCUGACUGACUGACCGCUACGAUCGCCGCCGACGCUCUCGAUUUGUUAAUGAGCAAUCGUUCACGACUAUUGUACGAAUUAUAAUUUAUUUUACGAAUGUUGAAUAAGUUUUGACACGACUAAUAAAAAAUGAAAUUGAA